AGUGAGCUGCAUAAGAAGCCGUGAGUAGCAGUACUGUACAGCUUUACACUGGAGAUUAAAUUACUUGAGUUGCUGGAGGAAGAUACUCCCCCUAUGGUGUCAUCAACAUCCCGCCCACAUCUUGGUCACAUGCCUGUGACGUCUGGGCCUUCUCCAUUCUAACAGCUACCAGCGUGGAAAGAAAGGAAAGCAAUGGACCGGCUUGCACCAUAUGGGAGUGAUCCUUUUGACAAACCACCCUGUAAAGGAUGUUCAUCAUAUCUCAUGGAACCAUACAUUAAAUGUGCAGAAUGUGGACCUCCUGAAUUUCUUCUCUGUUUACAGUGCUUUUCAAGAGGAUUUGAAUAUAAAAAGCACCAAAGUGAUCAUAGCUAUGAGAUCAUGACUUCAGAUUUUGCCAUCCUAGAUCCCAGCUGGACAGCUCAAGAAGAAAUGUCACUUCUUGAGGCAGUAAUGGAUUGUGGAUUUGGUAACUGGCAAGAUGUAGCCAAUCAGAUGCGGACCAAGACAAAGGAGGACUGUGAAAAACACUACAUGAAAUACUUUAUCAACAACCCACUAUUUGCAAGUACGUUGCUGAAUCUAAAGCAAGCAGAGGAGGAAAUGAAUAUGGACACCGCAGUUCCCUUUCAUCCUGCAGAUGACCCACCAAGACCAACCUUUGACUCUCUCUUGUCCAGGGAUAUGGCAGGAUAUAUGCCUGCUCGUGCGGAUUUCAUUGAGGAGUUUGAUAACUAUGCUGAAUGGGACUUAAGAGAUAUUGAUUUUGCUGAAGACGAUUCUGAUAUUUUGCAUGCCCUGAAAAUCGCAGUUGUGGACAUCUAUCAUUCACGGUUAAAGGAAAGGCAGAGAAGGAAAAGAAUUAUAAGAGAGCACGGCCUUAUAAAUCUUAGGAAAUUUCAAAUUUUAGAACGACGGUAUCCCAAGCAUGUCCAAGAGCUUUAUGAUGCUAUGAGGAGAUUUGCCAGGAUAUUGGGGCCAUAUGAGCACGACAAAUCCAUUGAAAGUCAUGCACUGGAGUAUGAACUGCGAAGAGAGAUCAAUCGAUUACAGGAGUACAGAAGUGCAGGAAUCAAAACUUUUUGCAGUGCAAAAAUAUAUGAACGUCUAAAAAAGACUCGUGAAGAGGAGAGGCUGAAACGAACAAUGCUGUCUGAAGUGCUAAAUUGUAUCCAUGAUGGGAAUGCCUGCCACCAGUGGCUUAAACGGCAAGCUGCUAUUGAUUCAGGAGUUCAUCAUGUCCCUCCUCUGGUUUCCAGUUCAGGCCGACGUAGUGCUCCACCUUUAGACUUAACAGGACUCCCUGGCACUGAGAAGUUGAAUAAUAAAGAAAAGGAGUUAUGUCAAGUGGUGAGAUUGGUUCCAGGGGCUUAUUUAGAAUACAAAGCGGCCUUAAUGCAUGAGUGUACCAAGCAAGGAAGCCUUCGAUUGGCACAGGCUCGAGCACUUAUCAAAAUAGAUGUUAAUAAGACUCGUAAAAUUUAUGAUUUUCUUAUACGUGAAGGAUAUAUCAUAAAACCUCAGCCAUAAUGGAGACCAUGAUCAGAUGCUGACAACUUCUACAUUGUGGCUUCAGUAAUAUUUAUUUUUGGAACGUUGAUGGAACAAAUGGAUGAAUGCCGAUGUCUCGUCUAUGUGCUGUGUUAGCAUUCUUCCAUUCCAGCUUUGGACAACUUCUGUGUGUUGUAACAUUGGUCAGCACCAAAACUAAUUGGACAAUUACAAUUCUGAAUUUAAUACUGUUGCUGUCCAACAUUUGUUUGGAGCCCCACUUAGCUUAUAAAA